UGUAACUUAAAUCUUGCGUCGUAUUUGUCAUACUAGCUAGUGAAGAAGUAAUAUUUCUAGGUUCUGAUGGAUUUAUUAAAACCAAGUGCAGCGAAUUCAUCACCAAUAACCCCAGUCGGGUUCUUAGAGAGAGCAGCAACAGUAUAUGGUGAUUGUACAUCAAUCAUCUACAACAAAACAAUCUACACGUGGAAGCAAACCAACUGUAGAUGUCUUCGACUUGCAUCAGCUUUGAAAUCAGUCAUCGGUAUUCAACGUGGAGAUGUUAUAUCAGUUUUAUCACCAAAUCUACCUGCUAUGUAUGAACUUCAUUUCUCUGUACCAAUGAGUGGAGGCAUAUUAAACACCAUCAAUACUCGUCUUGAUGCACGUACCAUUUCGAUACUGCUAUGUCAUAGUGAAACAAAACUAAUUUUUGUUGAUUUCCUUUCCCGCUCUAUAAUUCUUGAAGCAUUUUCUCUUUUCCCGCCAGAAACUCAACCUCCUAUGCUCAUUUUUAUCAAUGAUGAUGGAGAUGACAAUAAAAACUCUUCAUCUGAUCUCGAUUUUACUUAUGAGAGUUUGUUAAUGAGAGGUGAUCUUGAUUUUCAGUGGGUACGACCUCGUAGCGAGUGGGAUCCGAUGGUGUUGAACUAUACUUCAGGUACAACAUCGUCUCCUAAAGGUGUAGUCCAUUCUCAUCGUGGCCUUUUCAUCGCGACCGUCGAUUCUUUGGUUGAUUGGUCAGUACCAAAACAACCUGUCUUUCUGUGGACCCUGCCAAUGUUUCAUGCGAACGGAUGGUGCUUCCCUUGGGGAAUGGCAGCAGUUGGUGCGACUAACAUUUGUCUGCGAAAAUUUGAUGCUGCGUCCCUUUAUGAUUUGAUUUGUCAGCAUCGAGUGACCCAUAUGUGUGCGGCACCAGUUGUGCUAAAUAUGUUAGCAAAUGAGCCUGGUAUAGAACCACUAACAAACAGUAUUCACAUUUUAACAGCUGGGGCACCACCACCAGCGCCAGUGCUUCUUCGAACGGAAUCAUUGGGGUUUAUGGUGAGCCAUGGUUAUGGAUUAACUGAAACUGCAGCAAUCGUCGUGUCAUGUCCAUGGAAACCUGAGUGGAACAAAUUAACAGCAACGGAAAGGGCUAGGUUGAAAGCGAGACAAGGAGUGAGAACACUUGGAAUGACUGAAAUUGAUGUGUUGGAUCCGGAAUCGGCUGCAAGUGUAAAACGAGACGGAUUGUCCUUAGGUGAGAUUGUUUUACGAGGUGGUUCGAUUUUUCUGGGGUAUCUUAAAGAUGCGAUAGGUACGAGUAAAUGUUUGAAAGAUGAUGGAUGGUUUUACACGGGGGAUGUGGGUGUUAUGCAUCCUGACGGAUACUUGGAAAUUAAAGAUAGAUCAAAAGAUGUGAUUAUAAGUGGUGGGGAGAAUAUAAGUAGCGUUGAAGUUGAGUCUGUAUUGUAUGCGCACCCAGCGGUUGAUGAAGCCGCUGUGGUUGCUCGGCCAGAUGAAUAUUGGGGUGAAACACCUUGUGCAUUUGUGAGUUUGAAACCGGAGAAGAGCCCGCCGUCACAAAAAGACAUUAUAGAGUUUUGCAGGGCCAAACUGCCUCGCUAUAUGGUGCCUAAAACAGUUGUUUUUGAAGAGUCUCUUCCUAAAACCGCUACUGGUAAGAUUCAGAAAUUUGUGCUUCGUGAAAAAGCUAAAGUUAUGGGUGCAGCUUAAGUGUUUUUGAGGAAUUGACUCAGACGAGUUGA